AUGCGGUGGCGGGACCGCAUUGCUGUGUUCUACUUCCCCCAGGGACUGAUGCUCACUAUGGCUUCGUUAAUGCUCUUCUGUGUACACUUGUGCAUCUUCGUCAGUGACAUGCACAACUUCUACUUCACCCACCACUAUGACCGCAUGAGCUUCCAGUACACGGUCGUCCUGAUAUUCUUCCAGGUGAUGGGCAUCUGCUGGGCCGGCAUGGGGAGCCUCUACGCAGAGAUGACCGAAAACAAUGCUCAAUGGACUCAUGUUCUUCAGCCGUCUGUCUCUGGAGUUUCUGUCCAUCCAGUACCGGGAGGAGAACCACUGAGGCCCGGGGACAAGGCUGAGAAGGGAGAAGAAAAAGGCUGCUUUGGGUGGCUUUUUAAUUUUUUUUUAAUAAAGUCUGUUUUUAUUUGCACCUGCUGGUCCUUCAAGGGGUGGGUGGGAGUGAGGCCGGAGACUCAGGGGGAGGCAGGUUAAGACAAAAGCUUGACCUAUGGGACUCCAAGCCCAGCCGCACACA